UCAAAGCUUUAUCACAAAUUGUAAAUAGAGUGAUGUUCAUAGGAGUUUUAGUUGGCUGGCGCUUAUUUAUUAUUUUUAAUUUUAUUUUGAAGUUAUUGUUUUAUUUAACAUCUAAAAUAGUAAAUAAGCAAAUAAAUGUAUGUCUAAUAGAAACAUGGCUAGUCAUGAAGCAGUAGAAAAUGAAAAAGCUCCAAAAAACGAAAUCACUUUAUUACUGAAAGAAUUACCAAUUAUCGAUGAAUUAUUCGAAGUACAUUAUAAGAUCGGUGAAGGAACUUUUAGCUCUGUUUAUUUAGCUACUUGUAAAAAUAAACAGAAUUCUAGAAAAUUUGCUAUCAAGCAUAUCAUCCCAACUUAUCCACCUGAUAGGAUUGAACUUGAAUUACAAUGCCUGCAAGAAAUAGGUGGAGCAGAUAAUGUUGUAGGAGUAGAGCUGUGUGUUCGAAAUGGUCCGUCCGUUGCAUUUGUUAUGCCUUACAUGAGGCAUAAUAAAUUUUCUGAUUAUGUAGGAAGUAUGGAUAAAACUGAACUUAAGUAUUACAUGCGAGCUUUGCUAAUUGCAUUACGAAAAGUACACCUGUUUAAUAUCAUACAUAGAGAUGUGAAGCCUAGUAAUUUUUUAUAUGAUCGUCGUACAAAAAAAUACUUAUUGGUAGAUUUUGGAUUGGCUCAACGUUUUCGUAAAGAAGACAAUCCUGAUGAGGAUAACACUUCCUUGACUGAUACAUUAAGUACAAAAAGAAAAUUAAUAGAUGAAAAUAAUCACAAAUCUCCGUCUUUAAUAUCAUCGAAAAAUUCUGGAGCAGAUAACAAAUGUAGUUGUUUCGGGAAACCAAAAAUUUGUUCAGUAUGUGUAGUAAAACCGUCCCAAGUAGCAUCAAGGGCUGGUACUCCUGGUUACAGACCACCUGAAGUUUUGUUAAAAUAUCAGUAUCAAACUCCAGCGAUAGAUGUAUGGGCUAGUGGAAUUAUAAUGCUGUGCAUCCUAAGUGCAACUCAACCAUUCUUUCGAUGCCCAGAUGAUUGCACUGCUUUAGCAGAAAUAAUAUCUGUUUUUGGGACUGCUAAAUUACAACAAUGUGCGAGAAAAUUGGGUAAGAAAUUGAUAUGUAGUGAAAAUACACCAGGCGUUGAUCUUGUAAAUUUAUGCCAAAAAUUACGUAAUCGGAGCAUACAUUCCAAAAGUAAUGGUACUUCUUGCCGUAAGACUACUAUACCAGAGCAAUAUCCACCAGAAGCAUAUGAUUUACUAUCUAAAUUACUGGAUGUCAAUUAUAAAACACGCAUUACAGCUAAUGACGCACUUGAGCAUGCAUUUUUAAAAAUUUAAAUUAAAGUAUCUAUAAAAUUUUUAAAAGAAAACGACGAUGAUUUAAGGCAAAUUCUUUAUUUGUAAAAGAUAUACAAAUUAUUUUUUUUUCAUGAAAUAAUUUUAAGUACAAGAGAUUAUAAAUAAAAAUUCUUUAUUCUACAA